AUGCGAGAAUGUGACCACGAAAAUGUCGUGAAAUUAUUUGACCUACAAGAGAUCAAAGGUGUGAUGUCUGAACAAAAAGUUCUGGUUAUGGAAUAUUGCGAUUGUAGUAAUCUUCAAAAUUUGAUUGAUUUGAAGCCAUUGGGGCUAGAUGCGAUUGAUUUUCUUCACUUUUUUCAACAUUUAACCAGUGCAAUUAAACAUUUGCAUGAUCGUAACAUUGUGCAUCGAGAUGUGAAGCCAGAUAAUAGUUUACUUGCUCAUCACGAAGGUCAAAUUAUAUUUAAAUUGGCCGAUUUUGGUGCAGCACGCUUUUUGAAGCCGCAUGAAUCAUACGGUUCAUUGUAUGGCACGUUCGAAUAUUUGCAUCCAGACAUUUUCGCAAAAUUCUAUGCGCAUGAUUUAAAUUUCCUACCACCAAAACAAGCAUUUAAUUACAAUCAUGAACUUUGGUCUCUGGGUGUGACCAUUUUUGAAGCAGCGACAGGACAUUUACCGUUCGAACCGAAAGAAGGUCGCACUAAUCCAAAAAAAAUGUAUCACAUGAUCGCCGAUAGCUGUGCCAUAUUCGUAUCUUAA